AUGGCAUUCAAUGUGUCGACCUCCGAAGAAAAGACCCUCCACCUCGUUGGAAUUGGCGUCGGCCAUUCCAUCGCACCACCAAUGCACAAUGCGAUAGCCAAGUCACUAAACUUGCCAUGGACGUUUUUCGCGACCGAAUGUGCGACAAUUGAUGAUCUUUUCGACCUGGCUCGGGAAGAGUCCACGGCAGGUCUGGUUGUCACGAUGCCCUACAAAAACACCAUCAUGCCCCGGCUUGAUGGGCUUGACACCCUAGCCGAGACCAUUGGUGCCUGCAACAAUAUGUACCGCGACCCUACGGAUGCACGGAAGCUGCGUGGUACGAACACAGACUGGCUCGGAGUCAAAGGGUGUUUGCUUGAAAAGGGAGCCCAGCCGGGACCAGUCCUGAACAAGCCUGCGCUGAUCAUCGGUGCGGGUGGCGCGAGUCGCGCGGCCGUUUUUGCUCUGCACACGUACUUCAAGGCCUCUGUCAUCUACGUCUUGAACAGGGAUGAUGGAGAGGUCAGCGAUCUGAUACGCGACUCGCAGCGUCUGUCACCAGCGCCGCGGAUAUUUCAUGUCAAGGCGGGAGAGUCGAAGAAGCUCGAGACGCCGUACUACGUUGUCGGAACGGUGCCGGAUUUUGAGCCCAAGUCUACUUCUGAGCUUGCGGUGAGGGACUCCCUGGAAGACUUCCUCUCAAGACCCGAGAAGGGUGUUUUGCUGGACAUGUGCUUCAAGCCAAGGAGAACGCGGACGAUCAAGUUGGCGGAGUCUCUUGGAUGGCCUUGUGUAGAGGGUACUCACGUAAUUGGGUACCAGAUUGAGGAGCAAUGGAAACUUUGGGCUGGAGAGGAGAGGGUAAAGAAGUUGGAUGGGGAGGGUGCUUGGAAAGUUCUCUUGGAGGCUGCCGAUAAAAGCCCGGGGAUCAACUUUUAG